CUAUUGGCGGGUUUGCCACCUCAGCGGGUGCAUGACCACAAAAUAGAGCUCGAACCCGGCUCGCAGCCUACUGUUCAGACCCAAUGGCGGCUGACUCAGCUCGAGUUAGAUGAACUUCGACGCCAGCUGGACUACCUGCUCGCGAAAGGUUUCGUCCGCCCCAGCACAUCACCAUUUGCAGCACACACUGAAGAAGGAUGGCGGUCUGCGCAUGUGUAUCGACUACCGCACCUUGAAUUGGGGUACCAUCAAGUCUCGCUACCCCAUUCCACGUGCAGACAACCUCAUCGACCAAUUUCGCGGGACCAACAGUGAGGCGGUUAUCACCAACUUUG